AUGGCCGCCCCCCUCAACGACUGCGGGUUGCUGUACCACUUGGUACAGCAGGAGCUGUGGGAGUCAGUCAAGGCGGAGCACAAGGACUACUAUCCACCCACAUUUGAGAGCGAUGGCUUCAUUCAUCUUACUAAGGAGGCAAACUUGCUGCUGCCGGUGGCCAACCACUUUUACACCGGCGUGCAGGGGGCCUUCCUGGUGCUGGAGCUUGACAGCACGCGCCUCACAUCAAAGGUCGUGUUUGAGCCGGCCGCCCCUGUGGGGAGCACCCCGGCCAAGGAAUCCCAGGCGCAGCAGCUGUUCCCCCACCUGUACGGCACCAUUGACGCCGCUGCAGUGGUUAGGGAGCUGCCGGUCGUUCGCGCCGCGGACGGUGCUUUCCUGGCCAUAGAGGGCCUGCAGGGUGCUUCUUAG